AUGUUGAGAGUGUACGAGGCCCAGGUCAUUCUCCAGCUGGCCCAGCAGGUGGCUGCGAGGCUGGCGAAGCAUUUGUGCCGCGAUGUCGCCGCGGCGUGGCAGACGCUGGUGCCGGCGUCGUGGCUCCGCUCCCAAGACCCGCUGCUGCCAAUGUGGGACGAGGCGAAGAUGGUGCUGAUAAGGGCCCAUUCCCAAAAGCCCUCGAGCCCUACUAGUCGCCAGACUCGAGGGUUCCACACCUCGGCGCGCCGCGCUAGCUACACCACCACCGAGGAAGGCGUCGUCGCCAAACCCCGGGUGAUUGGCGAAAAACAACGUCCUCGCGGGUUUCAGAUGGCCCAAAGCGAGGUCCCUGCCACCAGAUUGGAGCGCAUCUUCCACUACGGCCAGCUCGCCGCCGGCGUCGGCCUCGGCGCCGCCGCCCAGGGGAUCAAAAACUAUACCCAGGGGAAAAACCUGCUGAUGCGCCUGUUGUUGCUUUCUCCGGAUAACAUUGAGCGCAUGGCGAAGAAGUUUUCUAAGAUGAGAGGCGCCGCCUUGAAAAUCGGUCAAAUGAUGCUGAUUCAAGACAAUUCAAUCUUACCCAAAGAAAUCCAACAAAUCUUGCUUAGAGUGCAAAACCUGGCCCACUACAUGCCCACGCAACAGCUUGAAAAAGUGAUGCUGGCCGAUUUGGGCCGCAACUGGCGGCUGCGAUUGUUCGCGCUGUUUGACGACGUCCCCAUCGCCGCUGCCUCCAUUGGCCAAGUACACACUGCGGUAACUAAAGAUUUGACUCCCGUAGUGGUUAAAGUGCAGUACCCCGGUGUGGUGGAACUGAUCGACUCCGAUUUAAACAACUUGUUGAUGCUUUUGACGGCGCUGCUGAUGUUGCCCAAGGGGUUAUUCUUGGACAAAACCAUCGCCAACGCCCGUGUUGAGCUCAAAUGGGAGUGUGACUACAUCCGCGAGGCGCAAAACUUGAUUAGAUUCAGAGAUAUGGUCAAAGACGACCCGGCGUUGGCCGUCCCCAAAGUGUUCCACAACUUGUGUGGCGAACACGUGCUUACUAUGGAGCGGAUGAGAGGUACCGAAGUGGCCAAAGGCAACUGGGAUCAGGCCACCCGCAACCACAUCGCCACCACCAUCAUGAGACUCACCCUCCGCGAAAUCGCCGACUUUAAGUUCAUGCAAACCGACCCCAACUGGGCUAACUUCUUGUACAAUGAGCAGACAAACCAAAUCGAGCUCUUGGACUUUGGCGCCGCCCGGGACUUUGGCGACGAAUUCGUCAAUGAUUACGUGCAAGUGUUGCGGGCGGCAGUCAAUAAGGACCGCGACGAAGUCGAACGCCUCUCGGUGAAGCUCGGGUUCUUGACCGGGCUCGAACUGAAGGAAAUGACCGAGUGUCACGUCGACUCGGUGAUGGUGUUGGGUGAAGCCUUCUCCCCCAGCGAUAACCACGGCCAAAGCUUUGACUUCAGCAACCAGACCAUCACCGACCGCGUCCGGUCCAACAUUGGCGUCAUGCUCAACGAACGGUUAACCCCGCCCCCAGAAGAAACUUAUUCGUUGCACAGAAAAUUGCUGGGGGUAUACUUAUUAUGCGCUCGCUUACAGGCCAAGGUGCCCUGCCAAAAAUUAUUUGAAGAGAUUGUGGGCUUGUGA